CAAAAACAUCAUCCUUCUUCUGUUCUUUUUAUUUAUUCUCUCUUUCAAAUCCAUUCAUUUUUCUCAAGAAAAAUAUGGCCAAAGAUGUGGUGUCUAGUACUUUUCAUUCUCCAUCAUCCAAUAAUGGAGAAAAUUAUGAAUCCUCUUCUAAAUCAUGUGUAGAGAACAACAAGAGGCUCAAACUCUUUGGUUUUGAGCUUAUUGAUCCUUCUACAAAAGUACUCCAAAACAAUUCACCAAAAGAAGAUCAAGAAAGUGUAAAUUCAUCAUCAGCUUCCACAGUUUCAUCAGGAAAUAUUAUAGAUCAUCAAGAAAAAUUAGCUUCAAAUCAUGAGGAAAUAAUGAAGAAAUUUGAGUGUCAAUAUUGUUUCAAACAAUUUGCUAAUUCUCAAGCUUUGGGAGGUCAUCAAAAUGCUCACAAAAAGGAAAGAAUGAGGAAAAAGAGGCUACAACUUCAAGCAAGAAAGGCCAGCUUAAGUUGCUAUCUUCAACCUUUUCAUCAAAACAACAAUAAUAGUAUUAAUUAUCAGUUUUAUGAUCCUCAGUUUACAGUUUAUGAAGACCAAUCCCAAAUUAGUUUUAGCCCUUUUGAUCAAGAUUAUCAAGUCUCAUCAGCAGGAAAGUGGCCAUUUCAGCAAGAUUCUAAUUGUACAUUUACUCUUACACAUGGAGGUAAUUACAUGAAGCCAUCAACUAAUUUGGCUAAUUCAGCUACUAAACAAAGCUGUAAACCUCUGGAUCUUCAAUUGGGAUUAAGUUUGUAAUAUUAGUGAAUGCAAAGAUAGAACUAGUUAUAUUUGUAUUGUUCUAGUUUAGAGUACUCUAGAAAAUUAAAGGGACUUGUGCAUGGUCUAUAUCCAUUUACUAAGCUUUUUAGAUCUCUUUAUACAUUUUGUAAACCUGGAAGAAAAGGCAAAGGAAAAACAAAGAAGAUUUGCUA